AAAGACUUGACCAUGGCACACCUCCUGGUGAGGAACGAAGAAUGGGCAGCCGGUAUCGACAGGAUUCAUCCGGAAGCCUUCCCUCGCAUGGCGACGGUGCCACAGCGGCCGAAGGUCCUCUGGAUAGGCUGCGCCGACUCGCGCGUACCGGAGUCCGUCGUCACGGCCUCCGUGCCCGGUGACAUCUUCGUCCAUCGCAACAUCGCCAACCAGUUUUCCGCCGACGAUCGCAACGCAGCCUCCGUCGUCCAGUACGCCGUGCAGCACCUCCGCGUGAGCCACGUCCUCAUCGUCGGACACUCGCACUGCGGCGGCGUUGAGGCCGCUCUCGAGGCAGUAAAAAGCGGCCGUCCCCCGAGCGGGCCCAUCGGCGAAUGGCUUCAUCACUUGAUCCACCUCGCAAAGCACUAUCCGGAGAUCACGGAACUCACGGAGGUCAACGUCAUCAGCGCUGUGAAUCGCGUCGGAAACUUCAUUGAGAAGAUGGAGUGCCUUGACCCUAGCGUCGGCGAGGAGGCUGCGCGCGUCACGGUUGUGGGGAUGGUGUACGAGCUCGAGACAGGGAGGUUGAGGGAGGCGGGC